AGCAUCUUUAAGAGAAGAAACUGACUGUCUCACCAGCUGGUCAGGAGGACACAAAGGGAGAAACAACUUCAGGAUACACUUACAAGAGGGUGAAACGUGAUGGAAAAUCAAACGUCUAGUAACUUCUUCCACCAGAAUAUCACGUACGGUUGUUAUGAGGGGGAAUAUGCCAUCUAUGUGUCUUCGUUGUUCUUCGCUGGUGUUGGUCUCCCUUUGGCCCUCGUUGCGAUCAUCGCUCUUCGUUCAGUGGUACGAGCGGACCACGUUGCCCCCGUGUACGUCAUCAACCUCCUGAUCUCCGACCUCCUUCAGCUUUGCUGCACCGUCGUUUUCGUGGCAACAAAUCAGACGAAGAUUUGCGAAUACUUUCGCCACAUUUUUAACUAUGGUCUCAUGGUCAGCAUUUGCUUCAUGGUGAUCAUCUCCUUGGAAAGGUACCUGACUGUGGCCUGGCCGCUCUGGUACAGACUGAGACGAAACAUCAGGACGUCAGUCAAAAUCUGCAUUGUGGCCUGGCUUAUUUGUCUGUCAUUGUUGAUCAUUAAUGCUUUGAUGGGGGAAUUAAUAAUCCUUAUGGCGUGUUUACUGAUCCUUCCAGUCCCUUUGUUCAUUUUUUCCCUGUGGGGAACUGUCAAAGCCUUAAACAGGGCACGCAGCGUUCAAACUGACGAAAAACGCAGGAUUAUAGCCGUACUGGUUCUGGUUCUGAUCAUUUACGCGCUAUUGUUUCUGCCCGAUAUUAUUUUUUUAUCAUCAAAAAAUAAAAAGGUUCAUGUUACAGCUUACAUCUUCCUUCACUUCAGUCCUCUGGCAGACUUGGUUCUGUAUAUUUUCAUGAGGAAAGGGAUCGGUGACAAGAUUCUGGACUAUUUGUGCUGCAAAAUGAUGCCAGAUUCCUUCAUCCAGUCAGGACAGAAUUCCGCCAUUAUGGAGUUGGGAAGUCCAGUGGAGACCUGGAUUGGAGACUGA